AUGCUUGACCAGAUUAUUAAGAAAAUUUCUCCUCUAUGGCAUUCGAAAGAUGUUAGAACAACAUCAUUUAUCUUCAAAUUGAUCACAAAAUAUACAGUCAACAUGUUUAUUCUCUUCAUUAUAUUAAUAAGUGGAAGACACUUAUUUGGACAUCCAAUUCAAUGCUUUUCGUCAGACAAAGUUUGGAUUGCAGCUAUGGAACUAAAAUGCUGGAUUGAUGGAGUUUUUCUCGAUGAGAACAUGAUUGAGCGAGAAAUAGGGAAAGAAAAUAUCUAUUAUGGCGUUGGAAGUCUACCUAUGAAGGGUAAACAAACGAAAUUCUUGACAUUUGGAUUCUAUCAAUGGAUUGUGCCUUUAUUGUUGUUUCAAACACUGUGUAUGUACAUUCCACGGGCACUUUGGCAUAUUUACGAGAAAGGAACGAUGAUGAAGCUUUUGAAUAAGACUUCCUCUCCUGUGUUUACUGAUGACUGGGAUAAGCAACGUAAGCAAUUAGUUGCCUAUAUUAAAGAAGUUAAAUUGAGCUAUCAUCGACAGUACGCACUAAAAUAUCUUUUCUGCGAGUUCCUCACUAUUAUCGUUAUUCUUAUAAAUAUGCUGCUCUUAAAUGUCGUCAUCAAGAAUUUCUUUAAUGUUUAUCAACCAGCUGUAUCAUCGCUAAUUGCUGGCAACUACACGCAAUUUAAUCGGGAUUCUUCACGUCUAUUUCCAGUACAAGCAAAGUGCAAUUUCCAAGUUUUUGGUCCAUCUGGAGGCAUACAGAAUCAUGAUUCAUUAUGCAUCCUACCUCAAAACGUUAUCAACAAUAAGAUAUUUUCCAUCAUUUACGUUUGGUUCAUCUUGAUACUUUUGUGUGCAAUUUUUCACUUCAUCUACUUGAUCGUAGUUUAUUCAUUCAAAAAAUUACGCGUAUUUCAAGUCGGUCGAAUGAUGGAACGUGAUGUUACACUAGGUAAAUGUAAGGAAAUAAGUAAGAAUGGGGAUUUAGGACUUUGGUUCACUUUGAGUCUAUUUCGACAUAAUUUAUCACCAAUAUGCUUCCAAAGUUUGUGCAAUGAUUUGGUUCCGUCAUCAAAAAAAAGCCGCUCGUUUGAAGAAUAUGAUAAUGAAAGCAUCUAUAUGCGUGAAGCAGCUUAAUGCUGACAGUUUCUUCUCUUCUCUUCUUUGUUAA